GCAAAUGUUCCUUUAUUGUUUUUACUUAACAAAUAAACAUGUAGGGCCAUAUUUGAUACAUUUUAUACAGAAAAAAACAAAUAAUUUUAUUUUAUGCACUAUUUUAGUAAUCCAUGAAAUUGUGUCUUUUUCUUUUCUACUCUCGUGUCAGUUUUUGUUAUCUGGAAUAAUUUUAUGCUAAAAAAAUUCAGUUAAUUCAUUCUUGACUUUAGUUUUAUUUUUUACUUUUAUUUUAUUUUUAUUUCCGUCUUAUAAAGGUUUUUUUGCAACUGCAUUUAUGCUAUAUUGGUGUGAUUAGAAGUAUGACCUUGGCAUGGUACGGAUUCGCAAAUAUCUAAAAGUGUAAAUGAAUAUGUGUUUCUUGAUCACCUUAUGGGGGCAAAACUUUAAUUAGUCAUAACGUUUAGUUUACUUUCAGAGACGUUAUUUAUAUGUUAUUAGUUGUGGAGUAAGAUGUGGUUUUGUAAGAGUAAAUCUUCGACUUGAGUUGAGAGGUAAUGGAGUGAUAGUCAGCACCAUGGACAGCGAAACGCAUACUCUUUUUUUUCCAUCUCGACGUUCUUAUUCUUCUAUUUUAUGAUCAUUGGCAAUGUCGUGUUUGCUUUGUACAAUUUUAUGAUGCUUUGCUUUAGCCUUCUUUAUUUUCCACAUUUUAUUCAUCCUAAAAAUAUUUUUUACAUAUAAUUUUGUGUCUCAACAUUGUUUUUUUUAUAUGAAUUAAUAUCACACUCUCCUGUAUUUUCACAAUUUGGACUCAAAGGGCCGCUGUUGCCCAGUGAUUUGAAGCUGCAAUAAGCUUUUAUUAAACAUCCUCUCUUACUCCGGUCAGACAUUUUUAUGAGGAGCGCUCACUUGGCAGACGUGGGAGCUCGGCUUUAUUCCUGGAUCUAUUAGGCCACUAUUGACAUUUUUCUUGGAAUUACGCGUUUCUUUCAUUUCAAUAUCCAUUUGGUCGGAUUCAUCUUCUCUUCAAUGGAAUAAAACGCGGCAUCCAUUGUUCGGCAUUGCCUUCGGACAGAACAAUGAAACGGCAAGUGCUGCUCAUAUCGGUCCUGUGUCUCGGUUCUGUGUUCGGUCAGGUCAGCUAUUCAGUUCCAGAGGAAAUGCCAAAAGGCUCUUUGGUCGGGAACAUAGCACAGGAUUUAGGCUUGGAUCUUAGACGUCUUAAAUCGGGCAAAGCUCGCAUCUACACGACAGACAGGACGCAGUUUAUCGAGCUGAGCAGAGAACGGGGAGUCCUCUUCAUGAAGGAAAAAAUAGACCGCGAGGCUCUGUGCAGACAGACAACGCCUUGUGCGUUACAUUUCCAGAUCACGCUAGAGAGCCCACUAGAGCUGUUUCCCGUUACCGUUGAGGUUACUGAUAUUAACGACAACGCGCCGGCUUUCCAAAAGGAGGAGAGGGUUUUUGAGAUAAGCGAGUCAGCAGCCAUCGGCUCUAAAUUCAUGCUAGAAAAGGCAAUUGAUCCUGACAUUGGACGCAAUGGUCUUCAGAGAUACACUCUGAAACCGAGUGAUAAUUUUAAUCUGCAAGCUCACGCUCGGUCUGAUGGAAGCAAGAAAGUGGAAAUGGUUUUACAAAAGCCUUUAGACCGAGAGAAGCAGGAGCAUUUAUCGUUAGUGUUGACAGCGGAGGACGGAGGAGAACCGCAAAUGACAGGAACAAUGAGGAUCAGAGUGACCGUGCUGGAUGCAAAUGACAACACACCAGUUUUUAGUAAAACAGUUUAUAAAGCGACUAUUACUGAAAACUCGGCAAAAGGGACGCUCGUUACCAAGGUUACAGCUAAUGAUGCAGACAGCGGCGCAAAUGCAAAGGUAACUUAUGUUAUUGGAAACAGCAUGGAGACGGUUUCUGAACUAUUUUACAUUAAUAAUGACGGUGAUGUUCUUCUAGCUGGAGCAGUAGAUUAUGAAAAGGAAAAAAUGUUUACCCUCGAUAUAGAAGCGAUUGAUCAGGGUGGGCUCUCUGGAUCAAGUAAGAUCAUAAUCGAUGUAAUAGAUGUAAAUGAUAAUAAUCCAUCCAUUAAUGUGAUUUCAGCAUCAGGCUCAAUACCAGAGGAUUCAGCCCUCAAGACAGUUAUAGCCCUAAUAAGUGUUAAUGACCCUGAUUCUGAUAAUAACGGUAAGGUAACAUGUGUUUUGAAUGAUAUAAUCCCUUUUGAAAUUAAGGCUACAUCGAAUAAUUUCUAUAGUUUAGUGACAGACAGCAAGUUAGACAGGGAGAGAGCCUCUGAGUAUAACAUCACCGUGAGCUGCUCUGAUGAAGGAGUGCCCUCCCUCUCCAGCAGCGUCACUCUCACCUUACAGAUCUCUGAUGUGAACGACAACGCGCCUGUCUUUGAGAGGAGCUCAUAUGAGGCCUACAUUGUAGAAAACAACACACCAGGUCUCUUUAUAUUCACAGUGAAAGCCACAGACGCUGACUGGAACCAGAAUGCCCGUGUUUCUUACAUACUGGAGGACUCCUCCGUUAACGGAGUUCCGGUCUCCUCAUAUGUGUCCGUUAGUGCUGAUAGCGGAGUCAUCCACGCAGUGCGCUCUUUUGACUACGAGCAGAUCAAAGACUUCCGGUUUCACGUUAAAGCGCAGGAUGGAGGCUCUCCUCCUCUCAGCAGCAACGUGACUGUGAAAAUACUGAUCCAGGACCAGAACGAUAACCCCCCUCAGGUCCUGUACCCGGUCCAGACUGGAGGCUCCGUGGUGGCUGAGAUGGUGCCUCGUUCAGCAGAAGUGGGCUAUCUGGUGACUAAAGUGGUGGCUGUUGAUGUGGACUCUGGACAGAACGCCUGGCUCUCCUAUAAACUGCAGAAAGGCACAGACAGGGCGCUGUUUGAAGUGGGCUUACAGAAUGGAGAAAUCAGAACUAUCCGUCAAGUGACUGAUAAAGAUGCUGUGAAACAAAGACUGGCUGUUAUAGUGGAGGACAACGGCCAGCCCUCUCGUUCAGCUACAGUCAUUGUUAACGUGGCGGUGGCGGACAGCUUCCCUGAAGUGCUGUCGGAGUUCACUGACUCUACACACGACAAGGAGUACAACGACAACCUGACUUUUUACUUAGUCUUGGCUCUGGCUGUAGUUUCCUUCCUCUUCAUCACCUGUUUGGUGGUUAUCAUCUCAGUGAAAAUCUACAGAUGGAGACAGUCUCGCAUCCUGUAUCACUCCAGCCUCCCCGUCAUUCCAUAUUAUCCACCACGUUACUCAGACACGCUGGGGACAGGAACUCUCCAACAUGUGUACAACUACGAGGUGUGCAGGACCACUGACUCCAGAAAGAGUGACUGUAAGUUCGGCAGAGCUGCUAGUCAGAACGUGUUGGUAAUGGACCCCAGCUCUACAGGAACCAUGCAGAGGAUGCAGGGUGAGAAGAGCAUCCUGGAUGAGCCUGACUCUCCUUUAGAGCAAAAGCCUCCCAACAACGACUGGCGAUUUACGCAGGGACAGAGACCCGGACCAAGUGGUCCCCACAUGCCAUACGGUACACACAUACGAUGGACGCCGAAGAAUGGGACAAGGGCAACUGGAGGACCUGAGGUUGCCAUGGGAACUGGCCCAUGGCCCCAGCCCCCUACUGAAGCAGAGCAGCUUCAGGCACUGAUGGCUGCUGCGAACGAAGUGAGUGAGGCCACGGCCACCCUCGGGCCCGGCACCAUGGGGCUGAGCACCCGCUACAGCCCCCAGUUCACUCUGCAGCACGUGCCUGACUAUCGCCAGAACGUCUACAUCCCCGGCAGCACGGCCACCCUCACCUCCAACCCGCAGCAGCAGCAGGCCACGGCCCAGCAGGCUACGCAGCAGGCGCUGCCCCCGCCUCAGGCCGCCGCCCAGGCUGAACCCCCGAAAGCGGCCCAGACACCUGCCUCCAAGAAGAAGUCCACCAAGAAGGAGAAGAAGUAGACGUGGACGGAGAGAGGUGAAGGGAUGAUGAUGUGAUGAGAACCCCCCACACCCCCCCAUUAGGUAUCUCACUGCUCUGCUGUCACAUGGACGCUGUUGAUGGUUCUCUGAAAGGUUGUAGAAGAAUCCAAAUGUGCUGGAGGUUUUCAUUAUUAACCCAUGCUAUGCUUCAGUCUAGUAAUGUUCAUGUAAUCUUUGUGGGUAGAUAUUCUUGGCAGGGUAUGAGGGGUUACCGUUGUUUUGUCUUUUUUUUUUCUUUUCUUUCAACAAAAACAAAAAAACAAAAAAAAUCUGGUGGACAAAGAGAUUGAGUGUAAUGAACCUUGCUGGGAUGACAAGGCCACACACAACGAUGUAUUCAGAGAUGAAAUGUUAAUGUCUCUCAUGUUGGAUUUAUUGUUGCGCUCUCCCGCAGAGGGAAAGUCGACUUUUGUAAAGUACGCUGGUUGCCAUCCACUCUCCUCCUCCAUAAGGGUCGGCCUUAGCUUACGGCUGAUGUUGAACAGGUAUUACAGACUCUUCUUCUGCAUGCUCAUUUAGGUUCAAACCACUUACACUAGUUUAGAGUUGCAAACUAUGCAUUGCAAAAGGAAAGAGGAGGACAUCCUGGAUCCAAGUUCCUCCCGCCAAUCCAAGGUCAACAUAAUGCUCACAUAAGCAUUUACUUGACACAGAAUGAAUUACUUUUGUAAUCAUAGUUUUAAAAAGAUUUUAAAAAGUAUAAGAUAUUAAUCAUCUGAUAUUUUUUAUGACCCGAGCAUGCACCCACAGGAAUGGGCUGGCCUUAGCCACGCCAGCUCAGUGUACCACCUAGGAUGGGUGUAGUACUGUCCUGCUGCCCUCCUCUUCCUCACACCCCGCUCGUACCCUUCCCUCACCAGUCCCUCCAUGGUUUGAGCCAAUCUAAGAGAAAUGCACUGUCCAUAACCAGUAGAAGAGUCAGGGUUGUAAUCACUUCUGUCUUUAGGGAUAAAUAGAUGUGGUAAACUUACGUGCAUAGGACUUUCUAAACACUUUGUAAACCUGUAGGGCCUUGAUGGAGACUUUCCUUCACUUUCUCAAGGUGCUGAAGAAAUAUCUUGAUGUGACAUCGUACAUUCUUGCUUUCUUUUCUGUUGGGAGACCUUAGUUCAGUCGUGUAAUGCAGUUUGUUUAAAAUAUGAAGUCUUUGAUUUGCCGUCCAUCCGUCUGUCAAGCUUCUCGCCAGGUUAAACUGCAUGAAAGUAAAAGGCAGCUUGCAGGUGGGAAUCAGGGGGGGUCAGUGACAAGCUAAAGGACUGAGGCGGCACCAGAGAAGGGUGGGAUGCAACUUUGGCUCUACUCACUGAAUGUACAGAGGACCCGCAGUUGGCCUGCCCACCCUUAAAGCACUGACCCAGGUGGAGGUCAACAAGCACAGCCACCCCAGCUCUCAAGCAUCUCCUUUACUGAAAUGAACGAGAAUUCUGGUCCUCUCUGCCUCUCACCUGCCUGCACCCCCCACCCCCACCUGGCUCUGUGAGGCCUCGGCCCCCCCACCUGUAAAUAAACACAAGUCAGAUCGAUAGUACGAGCCAAGUGUUUGCAAACGCAGGGACCUCAUCUGACAUUUUCACAAUGAAAGUCCCUCUCAACAAGGCGUGGCUUACUACUGGAAUGUGUUGCAUUUUGUUUUUCAAGAAAAUAAAAAACCCACACUUAAAAAAACUAGAUCAACAAUAAACAAAAAAACUGACAUGUUCUCCAAGAGUUUGUGUUGCAAUGUAGUAACUAAGCACCAAGGAAGCCAACUAACUCGUCAGUGUAAAUAAAUGAAUUAAAGAUAACUUUAGAUAAGUAAAAAAAAAAAAAAAGUGACACACGUAGACUAGAUAUAACUUGUGUUAUCUGUUGCGCAUAUUUUUGUGUUUAUUUCCUCUUUAUUAUCGUUUAUCACCUCGUAAAGAAAGAAGACAAAGAAAAAAAAGAAUAUGGAAAUGUUUCUAUCCCUCUGUAACAUCUUAAUGUUAUUUUUGCAGUGAUUUCUCUCUUGUGCAUUUGUGAAAUAAUGCCUCUCAUUCUCUCUUUCUGUCCAUAUGAACAAAUGAUUAUAAAUAUUAUAUGUGUGAGUCCGUCCGCUGCUGAAUUAAUACUACUCUAUCCUGCUGUAUUAUCUUUCUUAUAAAAUGCUUUUCCCCUCUUCAUGCUUCACUUCUUGUGUUACGCUCUUAUUUUUAUGCUAAUAUUUAUAUUUCUGUUUUAUUUUCUCUUGGACACUGACAUUUCAAAUAAAAAGAAAUCAUAUAAAAAAACUUUAAA